UUUGAUAAAAUUAAGGAUGAAUUUAUUCACAUAUUUGACAAGGAACACAAGCUUGGAUCUCCCAAACUGGAUUUUAUUAAGAAGGGUAUAAAGAAAAUAUUUACUGCUGCAUUUGAGGGAGUUAUUGCCAAGAUGGAAGAGAGGAGACUGGAUAAUCGAGGGAUAAAUUAAUUGGCCAACGAGUUUAGGAAAAUAAUGAAAUCUUUAAAAGAUUCUAAAUUGAAAGGAACCGAACUUAUCAAGGCCAUAAGCUCCAACUUCCAGGAACUAAAACGGAAAGCCGAGGUUAUUGUUCAAACGUUUGAGAGAGAACGUUCAUGCCCCAAUCUGAAAGGUGGCUUUAAAUGUGGAGUUCUUGAGCAGAAAAUUAUUCAGUGCGGCACAUGCAAAGAGCAGACUCUGGUGUGUGUCGGAGGCUCCAAUGAGAAUAAAUGUAACGAAAUUGUGUCCCACUGCCUGAUGUGUGUGUGUCGUGCAGGAGUAUGUCACCACAGAACAACGAAGCAACCGUGCCAACCUUGCACAGGCUACCAGAAGUGCCUCAAUGAGGUGUUACAUUGUAAAGAUCAGGAUCUCCGAGUUGCAGAAGGCGAAGGUCUAAAGUUUGACUGCAACGUGAAUUUUCUCAACAGCAUUGAUGAAAAGCUUGAAUUUGUUUUAGAAAAGAGAGAAGAAUUGGACGUCUCACUCAUGCAGACCUCCAACAAACCGGACAUCUUUAUACACAAAGCCAACAAGGAUGUUUCAGGCCGUUACAGCUGUACGGCAAAAUCCAAAGAUGCAAUGUUUCCGAUAAGCAGAGUGGAUUUUACAGUAAAAGUUGUGAGCCCACCAGAACCUGAAUUUCCGGACGUGCCUGGCUCAUCAGUUCCACCUCCUGCUAACUUUAAUGAUAACCAGUUGGCCCAGACCAUAGUGAUAUGUGCUACAGUUUUCUCCGUGGCACUGACUGCGUCAAUAAUGACCUGCAUAUGUUUAUAUAUAAGAGAAAGAAAAAGAGCAGAAGAGGCUCAGGCCCAGAAGAAACAAACGGUACUGGAAGAAGUAAAGGUCUCCAUGGAUAGUGAGAAGCCAGUAACUAGAGAAAAGGCAACACAAACAGAUGUCUGAGGGCAACAGAUAUUCUGUUCCUCUAUGGCUGUACCCCAACGUCAUUCUGUUACGUGUAUCAGCGCAGGUUAAAUGCCACAGAAACCUUGAUCCUAUUCUGCCCUGAAUACUUACACAGCGCUCUCUCUUUAUACCCCCUUAUUCUAACACUCAGUUGGUGAGGAAGGGCGACCGAGGGAUGGUGGGCGGGUUGGGGGUAUAAAGAGGGAGCAGACGCUGCUGUUGUGUAUUCAGAGCUGACAGAUCAGAAGAUCUAUAGAUUGAAAGAAGAUUUCUGUGAUUAUAAAAUGUAACUAUAAAAUGAGCCUGUCCCACCGCUCAUGGACAAGGAGCCAAUGGGGCAGAACCGUUACUUGUGUUGUGGACAUCGCAGAAGAGUGUAAAAAUCUUUGUUUUUGUCUAUAAAAAUACAAUAAAUGAUGUUUUUAUUUUA